AUGUCCCGCCCACUAGAAGGCAAGCUCGCCAUCGUAACCGGCUCCUCGAGAGGCGUCGGCGCCGCCAUAGCUACCAACCUUGCCUCCAAAGGCGCAAACAUCGUUCUCAACUACACCUCCCCCAGCUCAACGCCUCUCGCUUCCUCCCUCGCGCAGAAGCUCUCUGAACAACACAACAUCCAUGUCUUCCCCAUCCCAGUAGACCUCUCCUCCCCCUCGGGCCCUGCCACCCUCAUCUCCCUUGUCCGCGAGCACUUCACCACCCACUUCCCCUCAAAACCGUUCCAGAUUGACAUCUUAAUCAAUAACGCCGGCAUCGCGCGCAACGCCCCAAUCGAGAACGUAACCAUCGAAGAUUUCGAAGCCACCUACCGUACCAACGUCCUCGCUCCGCUGCUGUUAGUCCAAGCCGCUUUGCCAUAUUUACCAAAUGACCGCUCCGGUCGUAUAGUCAACAUCUCCUCCGUCUCCUCUUCUUGCGGCUUCGUGACGCAGUCCGUUUAUGGCGGGAGCAAGGCUGCCCUAGAAGCUAUGACGCGCACCUGGGCACGAGAACUCUCCUCCCGCGCAACCGUCAACGCGGUCAACCCCGGUCCCGUGGAAGGUCCUAUGUACAGGGCUAACCCUCCCCAAUUUUUGGAGGGAAUAAAAGGAUGGGUGAUGCACACCCCGCUGAUGGAGGUCACGGAACAGGAUGGGAAUGAGAGCUCCAGAAUGACGACAACAUCCCCUUCUCGAUCGCAAACAUUAUCCACUCAACCGCAACCCUCCAUUCCUACCGUAAAUAAUGCGACAGUGUCAGAGGUCAACGACACAGCAGACCUCUUCGACGACCUCCUCACCCUCGAAGACCGUUUCUACAACCAAGGCUACGAGCAGGGCCUAGUUGACGGCAUAGCCGCCGGCCGCGCUGAAGGCAGACAAAUCGGACUAGAAAGAGGCUUCCAGCGAUUCCUAGAAGCUGGGCGGUUACAGGGGAAGGCGAUAGUUUGGGCUUGUCGGUUGAGGGCUGCGCAAAAGAUUCAGGGGAAGGAUGGGGUAGGGGAGGGAAUAAAGCGGAAUGGUGUUGAAGCAGGUCCUAGGGAAGGGGACAGGGAAGGGCAGACAUCCUCGCAACAACCAACAUUAACAUCAACGAAAGAGGAUCAACUUUCUAGCCCCACUACUUCCUCAAAACCUAACGACUCGUCCAAUUCCCAAGAAUACAUCCCCCCUUCUCGAAUCCCCCUCCCCCCUCUAAUCUCAAGCAAUCCCCGCAUCGAACGCCACAUCACCUCGCUCUACGCACUCUCUGAAACAGAGAGUCUAUCUGUCGAAAACACAGACGAAGCGGUCGACGCUUUUGAUGGUCGCAUGAAAAGAGCGCAGGGGAAGGUCAAACUGAUUGAACGGAUUAUUCAUGAAGAGAAGAUUACUGGGACAAAUGGAGAGGGGAGUACUAAUGGGGGGCAGAAGGGGAGAAGGACGGAGAUUGAGGAGGGGAGGGAUGGGAAUGCUGGGAGGUGUAGUAGUCAGACUAGAGGGGUCUGA